CCUUCCUUCUUUAGAACAUCAACAUCUUCAAGAAUCACAGUCUCAAAUUAUGCUCACCAUAAACCUUAUACAUAUCCUUUUCAAGAUUACUCAUUAAUCUCAUUAAUUACCCAAUUCUUUUCUCUUCCAAGAAACCUUCACACAAAGGCCCUAGUUGAACUUGAAGCUAUCACUGAUGUCUAGAGUGCGCACUCGGGUUAUUAGGUCAUCGAGCCAUGGAGAGUUGGGAGUGUUCAACCAGAUCCGUCCCUUUGAGUUUAUGUCUCCGGUGGGUUUGUUGGAGAUCAAGAAACAUCCUGCUCUUGUCAACAAUAAUGUGAAGCCACGUGAGGAGAAGAAGCCUCACACUCGCCGGGUUACAUGGACGUGGGGUUCGCCUGAGAGGAAUGAUUCGGUAUCCAAGAGCAGAAAGAAGAAGCUGGAUGAAGGGUUUUGUGCCUUUCUUGAAGGUUGUGCUUUGUGCAAGAAGAAGUUGAAGGAGAAUGUAGAUGUGUACAUGUAUGGUUAUCUAAGUGCAUUUUGCUCCCCUGAGUGCCGAGAUGAUCAGAUUGCUUUGGAUGGAUUUGAUAAAGAAGUUUCUAAGGAAUCAACAAAAAUCACAAUGGGUGGAAUGAUCAGGACAAAAGACAGAUCAAGGCGAGGGAAUGGUUAUUGUCGCACAGAAUUCUUCAUAGCUAGCAUGUCAAUGCAUGUGUUUUGUGCUAUUCCAAUUGCUUCUUGUGAGAAAACUAAUGCUUAA